UAAUAUAUUUAUUUAAAGUGAAUUGUUUUAAUUACGGAAUUUUAAUUACGGACUCAUAUGGAAGGCUCAAAAAAAACUUUAUACGUCCGCCGAGAAGCUUAUUAACAACAAACUUAUAACUAGCGGUCAAUUUAACUGCUUGCGCUUGAAAAUUCAGGAAUCAAAAAUGAACAACAUAUUUUAAAAAUCAAUCAUCAAUGGCGAAGCGCGAUUGCAAUUAAGUGUAUGCAACUCGUAUGGCCGUCAGUAUCUACUGCUCGGGUAAACAAGCUUGCUUUAUUCAUAUUUAAUAUAGUUUUCAGCCUACUACGAUCAAAUGUUUUUUUUUUUUUAAUAUAAUAGAGUCAGCCAUCACUCAGGGGCAAACGACUGAGAUGAGGAAUCGUAUCAAUUAGAUAAUUAAAGUGAUCCGUAGCUUUCGUCUCAAUGGAAUUUCUCCGUUUACUGGAUUAAUCCGACUGGUUGAUGUCAGACUUAGUCUUACGUAAACUAUACGCUAAACACGAUCGGUAAUCUCGUUCUUUCAUUGUAAUGCUCCAACACUUAACUUCGUCGGUAUCUUCUGAUAUUAUCGAAUCUGAUUUGUUAUACUCGAUCUAACCCAAACUACAGGUGAAUUGCGGCCUGCACCUUUUUAUUACGGUUAUCUCAUUACCCCGUUGCCUAAAAUGCUUACGUCCACCCUAACUUAUAGGUCCGUAACAGUUACGUUGUUGCGUUGUCGCAGUGAUCCCGUAUUCCUUUUAGAACAGCUUAAUAAAGUCAUGGCUUUAUUGCAAUAAACUUAUCUUCCUGUCUCAACAUGUUCCCUCUCUGCGUGUAUCGGUCCCCUUUCGGUAUCGGAGUAUAUAACACCCGUUAAAAUAAUAAGUCGUUUUGAUUUGAAAUUCUUGAAUCUAAGAUAGAGAAACAUUUACUUCCACCUUGGGUUCAUCCAGUUUUGUUUUUGACAACUGCUUAAAUACCUUUCUUACCAAUCUUCUGAGCCGUUCUUGGGAUUAUAGCAGCCAAACAGGCGUGCAGCUGAGCUAGAGUUCGGGUUGGAUUUUACCUGAGUGUCGGCUGCGAAGUCGAAGGUUAGCUCAGUAUAAGUGGUGUGUCCCUGUUUAGCUAUGCAUCGAAAACAAACUCGUUUAUUUUUUCGGGUAGCAGAACACAUGUCUCAUAAUAACGGAUUGACGGAGACCGGAGCGCUAACUAACUGAGACAAUUGUAAAAGAUGUAAUAGCAAAAUAACAAGGGUACUGAAACAUAUGAGUACGAUAGCGAGAUUAGUUCCGUUGGCUUUCGCCAGCGGCAACCAAUUAUUGUAAGAGCACGAUAGUAAAACUCCGUCAAACCAAUCGAAUAUCUGUGAUAAGUAGUACCGUAAAGACAUAGCCACUACGAAGGUUGUGCGACAUGGUCAUAAGAAAAUUGCAACAGAUUUACUGAAACGGUCUACGUUUGCAAUCGACCUAAAGUUCGAGUUAGUUCUAAUGCGACAAUCAACAACACUUGUCGUAUCAAAACAAGUUUAAUGCGAUCACUGCAUCACGUCAACGAUACUGUCGGAACGUUCAAGCGGGGGAAUUGCAACAGUAAUGAGAUAGACGUAACCGUAACGGAAUAACUGUGUAAUAAUAGGUUGGGUACGAUGUCAAGGGAUCAGUUUAAUUGGGCAUACAGAGACACACAUCUCCCUAGCAGUUGGGAAUGCAGACAACAACAGGGAAAAAGGAUCAAGUUGAGUAUAUGAGGAAAACGAAACAGAUCCAGCGGUUAUAUAAGGUGGUGUCUAGGCAGAAGGCCAAAUUAACAAGGACGCCUAGCAGAAUUUAACUUGGGAAUGUCGACUGAUGUAAUGCCGGCGGACACGCCUGUUACCGCUCAAGUUUCGGAGCCUAAGAUUUAGAGAAUAGUCUUGUAGCGAGCUUUGACGCAUCUGCCGUAAGGGCAGAGCUAUAUCAUGGAAGGCAAUGGACCUGUAUCCAUCCGUAGCAAAAAGAUAAGCCACGAGGGUCUUCGAGACGGGGCGGUGUACGUCAAUGGGCAUUGUCUUUCGAAUCGAUUCUACGACGACGAACACCGACCAGAACGAAGCUGGGACUCUGUGGACGCAUCUGAUUUUGCAAAGAAAACGUUCAAUCCUAUUCGUGUAUUCGUUGAAGAUCCCGACCUGCAACCCAACCCCGAAAAAGAUGUCAUUUCACUUUCCAUUGGUGAUCCGACAAUCUUUGGUAAUCUAAAGCCAUGUCCAGAGAUCGUGGACGCAGUGGAACGUGCCUUACGCAGUAUGAAAUGCCAUGGCUAUAUACCAAGCACAGGUACCUAUGCCGCUCGUGCAGCGGUCGCGAAAUACAGCGCCGUCAACGGAAUCGAAAUUGACCCAAGUGCGCAAAACCCAUUUCCAUUUCCGGAGCAGGACGUAAUUCUGACGUGCGGUGCUUCACAUGCUCUCGAGAUGUGCGUGAUGUGUUUCUGCAAUCCCGGUGAGAAUGUACUCGUUCCUCGACCAGGUUUUUCGGUAUAUAAAACGCACGCGAACUCUGUCGGCAUUGAGGCGAUAUUUUAUGACCUCGACCCGGCUCAUUCGUGGCAAGUUGAUUUAAGAAGCCUACGAGGCGCAAUAAAUAAUAGGACAAGGGCCAUCCUCGUAAAUAAUCCUUCGAAUCCGUGUGGCAGUGUCUAUUCAAAGGAACACCUUAAGGAUAUCCUUGAAAUAGCAAAAGAACAUCGUUUGCCCAUUAUCGCGGAUGAGAUUUACGAACACUUCGUGUUCUCCGGCCGUAUUUACCAUCCUUUAGCGUCGCUCUCUACGGACGUGCCUAUUGUAUCUUGUUCGGGACUGACAAAACGGUUUUUGGUGCCUGGCUGGAGAACCGGUUGGAUUAUCAUCCAUGAUCGAAAGGGUAUACUCACACCGAUCAAGAAAGGACUCAUUGCUCUUAGCCAGAAGAUCAUGGGAGGUAGCGCACUGAUACAGGGGGCCAUUACGGAUAUCCUUACACAAACUCCACAGUCCUUCUACGAUGAUACCGUAAAAGUUGUAGAGGAUAACGCUACACUGGCAUUCAAUGCGAUUUCGUCGAUUCCUGGCCUCAAACCCGUGAUGCCUCAAGGGGCCAUGUAUAUGAUGGUUGGUGUCGACUUAGAUCGGUUUAAGGAGUUUUCUGAUGACGCAGAAUUUUGCAAAGAGCUAUUUCGACAGGAGUCGGUGUUCUGCAUGCCAGGAAAGGCAUUUUCCUACCCAAAUUAUUUCCGGAUUGUGCUUACCGUGCCGCAGGAUAUGAUCCUGGACGCCUGCGAUCGUGUGUCAGCAUUCUGUGAGCGACAUGCAAAGUACUUCUGAGCUCUGCUCUUUCUCUGUCUACUCUUAGGUGUUAAUUCAAUCACGGAAAACAAUUUGAGUAGAGGAGAGGUUCAGCGCACUGUGCAACGUUCGAAUGAUUUAAAUUAACUAUUAGUAUUAACUAAAGUAACCAACAUUUAUUUAGCUUUCUAAACUAGAUUACCUUUAAGGUAGCUGUCUUCAGCCGCGGCCUUACAAAGAUAGGCAUUACCAUGUGUGUUCAGGUAAUCUCUGUUAUUUGCUCAUAUCGUUACGGUAGCAUAACUAAAUGCGAGUUUUAAAUAAAGUAGGCUAAAUUUCGGAAUAAUUUUCGGAAUCUCGGAAAUUUGAAAGGAUUAGUUAUUAUAUUGAAGUACACUCUGUUGUUUGCAUGCUAAAUAGUAGUGAGUAUCUUGUGGGGAAUUUUUGGAAAGUUCAUUUUUAUCUCAAGGAGACUGUCAGUGUUACUCUCUUAAAACGUUUGGCCGUACCUUCUUUCGGAUCACACCGGUAAAUAAAUUGUACAGAAUUAGUAAAAGGUGUGAAUGUUAUUCACGCACUGAAGUGGCCUGUGUGUUUAUUUAAUAUAAAUGUGCCUCUCAUUUUCAAACUUCUUCGCUUGACCUCGCGAACGAAAUUUUUUUAUACCUAUAUACUCAUGCUUAUUUUUUAUAUAUAUGUUACAUUUUAUAAGCGAUUUAAAGAGAGCUUUAAAGGUAGUAUUAUGAGUUAAUUUGCGAUGCUCAGCUUUAGAAAUUGUCCGGCUUUGAAACUUCCUCGUAAUUAUUGUAGAACAGCUUUGUACAUGCAGAAGCAUAUGUUGUGAUGAGCAUUUCGGCUCGAUGAUGUAUAAAUAACGAUGUUAACUGGAUGCUAUUGAUUAUGUUAGAUGUGCUUGAAAACUUCAAUAAACUACAAAAUUU